AUGGACGAAGAAUCCGCAUUCGGGAGGGACGAGAAUGGUACUGAUAAGGUGACUAAGACCGAUAACGAUAAUUUGAACGAAGAUGAUGACAGCAGCGACAACGAUUCCGUCUCGUCAUAUGAUAUCUUACCUCCGGAGGAUUUUGAUAAUAAUGAACAUGGCGCAAAUAGCGAGAACGAAGAUGUGGAUGUUAACAAUGUGCAACAUAAUUGGCAGGAAUCAUUUGCAGAUAACUGGAGCCAGGAGGAGUCAGAUGGUCUUGUACUUGAUCACGAUGAGGGAGAGAUUGAUAUUGAGGAGGCUCAAAGGGAGCAGAAGAUGCUUGAGACACAUUGGAAGGGCAGGGAGAAGGCAGAGCAAGUUCAUAACCAUGGAGGGCCGCAAGCGCAGGCUUAG